UUAUUAUUAUUAUUAUUAUUAUUAUUAUUUUCUAACCGUUUAUUUUGGAUGAGACAACUUCUAAUGUAUCACCGUAAACAAUCGGGAUUGGAUUUCUUUGAAUGAAACACACCGCUUGACCCAUUUCGAAAAGAAAAUCGUUUUUUGUUUUUUGUUUUUGUUUGUUUUGUUUUGUUUUUUUAAAUUAACCUGGUUGCAUAAGAAAUAAUAAAUUACACACCAGAACAGAUGACCUCCGUUUACACCGACAAGGACCCUAACGCCGUAGGGAUUAGCGGGGAGCUGAACCAAGGGAGCUGUCCAGAUGAGGAGUUAGAUUUCUCAAUUCUCUUUGAAUAUCCCCUCUGCAAUGACUAUCAGACUUCUGAGCAAGAAGAACUAGCUAUAGCUCACAAAGUCCUCAACCCAUCUGGAGUCCCAUACGGACAUGGGGAGGUCUCCCAUUAUGGCCCAAAAUCAUGCAACUCGUCCACCUAUGCAGAGCCUUCAGAUGGCAUCAGUGGAUAUGAACAUUUGCGCGACAGAUACUACCUGGACCCCGCCAGGCAAGCAGGUCCCUCUGCCGUGAGCCCACGAAUCGAGAUCACCCCUUCCCAUGAACUGAUUCACUCGUACGGCAGAGAGCUCAAUCUGGGGCACCCUGUGAAUCCAGCUAACACCAGCCCCCGGUCGACACUGCCGGUGCCUGGCUACGAGAGCGCCUACCGGGAACCAACUUGCCUCAGUCCAGCUAGCAGCAACUCCUCCACUAGCUGGCAUUCCGAAACCUAUUCUCCCUGGGCCUCACCCUGCGUGUCUCCUAACAAUGGCCAAGCGGAUGACUUGUGCCCACGGUUCCAACACAUCCAGACCCUCACAUCUCCCAGGACCUCCCCCGGCACUUCCCCCAGGACGAGUGUCACAGAGGAGAGCUGCUUGGGUUUUAGCUCCUCUUCCCCGCGACCCAAUUCCCGGUCCACGUCUCCAGUGGGUAAAAGGACCUACGAUGAGCACACCAAUCAGAACACGCCGGUCGCCAAACACCGUUCCCGAAGCCCUUCUCCCCAGAGGUUCAGAGAUGACAGCACCCCCAAUGCUUUCAACCUUCAUCAGUCUCCCUACUCGUCUAGCCUCGCCGACGCCAUGAAUAGCCUCAACACCGGCUCUUCCUGCAGCAUCCCGUCCAAGAUUGUCAAAACCAACACAUCGUAUCCACUCUACACAUCUGUGGAGCUACAACAGGAGAACUACCUGGGCUCUGGCGAGCAGGAUGUGAAGAGGAAACCUGGAUCGGAGCAAGUCUUUCUUGUGCCUCCAAGCUGGACUAAACAGCUGGUGCCUGGGAUACCAUUUUACAGUAUACCAGUUGCCUCUCUUCCUUCCCUUGAGUGGCCUGUGCCAAGCCAAGUGGAUCAGUACCAUCUUCAAAUUGAGGUUCAGCCCAAACCUCACCAUCGAGCUCACUACGAAACCGAAGGAAGCCGAGGGGCAGUGAAAGCUCCCACAGGAGGGCAUCCGAUCAUACAGCUCCAUGGCUACAGGGGGAAGGAGCCGCUGGGCCUGCACAUCUUCAUCGGCACGGCAGACGAGCGAAUCCUCAAACCCCACGCUUUCUACCAGGUUCACCGCAUCACCGGCAAAACUGUCACCACCACCAGCUACGAGAAAGUCAUUGGGAGCUCAAAGGUCCUGGAGAUCCCACUGGAGCCCAAAAACAACAUGAAAGCCAUUAUUGACUGUGCUGGAAUCCUGAAGCUAAGGAAUGCUGAUAUUGAGCUCAGGAAAGGGGAGACUGACAUUGGCAGGAAGAACACCAGAGUGCGGAUGGUAUUCCGGGUUCAUAUACCACAACCUGGAGGUGGGGUGGUGUCACUGCAGGUUGCAUCCACUCCAAUUGAGUGCUCUCAGAGAUCAGCCCACGAACUGCCAAUGGUGGAGAAGCAGGAUGUGGAAGGCUGCUCCGUGCUGGGAGGCCAGCAGAUGAUCCUGACCGGACAGAACUUCACUUCUGACUCCAAGGUGGUGUUCACAGAGAAGACACAUGAUGGGCAGCAGAUUUGGGAAUCAGAGGCCAGUGUGGACAAAGAUAAGAGUCAGGCUAACAUGCUGUUUGUGGAAGUUCCUCCAUAUCGUGACCUGUCAGUGCACCAUGCAGUCAAAGUGAACUUCUAUGUGAUCAAUGGGAAGAGAAAACGAAGCCAGCCUCAGCACUUCACCUUCAUGCCAUUGCCAGUUCCAGCCAUUAAAACAGAACCUAUUGACGAGUACGAACCCAACCUGAUGACAGCUAAAAUGUCCAGCAGUCUGGGAACACUGCCGCAGCCCUAUUACCACCCCCAGGGAAUGAUGACUCCAGACAGCUGCCUGAUAGCCAGCAUGGCUUCAUGUCAGCAGCUCCGCUCCGGGCUGUCUCCCCCAGAUUCCAGAUACCAGCAGCAGACUUCAGCAGUCAUCUAUCCCCGGAGUAAAAGCCUGAACACCAGCCCACUGCUAUACCAGCAGGGCAGCCUGAUGGCUUCCCCAGUCCCUCCCAUGGCAGAUGGCCAGCGCUCAGUGCUGGUCCAUGCCAGUUCUCCAGCACAGUCCACCAUAAUCCACCAGCAGCAGUCAACCUCGCCCAAUCACCACCCCACCUCCUCCAUCAUCCAGUUCUCCCCGACCAAUCACCAGCUGAGGGGAGGGGUCCUACAGGAGCACCAACACAUCAUGUAUUGUGAAAACUACCAGACAUCUCCCGCUUGCUCUCCAGCUCCGCCGGCCAGCCAGGCUCAGAGGAUGAGCCCCAGUCACUACCCAACGGUGAUUCAGCAGCAGCAGUAUGUUCAGAAGAUGCCAAAAAACAGGUCUUCUCCCAGCCAACUAGAAGAACAGAGGUCUUCUGACAAUCCAAAGGAUAGGUCUGGGUCUUCGAGGGUCACCGUCAAAGAGGAGAACUUGGACCAGUUGUAUCUGGAUGACGUCAAUGAAAUCAUAAGGAAGGAUCUGACUGCAGUCCAGGGAAGGGGCCAAACCUAAAUGCUGGAUCUGUGAAGAAGUUCUUCUCAAAGUGCUUUUCCAACCCUCGUCCAGAACCCUCCCUGCGCCGAGGCAGCGCCCCAGCUUCCCCCUGCCGCCACGCUUUGGAGUCACAACAAUGCGUCCGGGUUGUGGACCUCUUUCCUGCAGUUAUCAUGUAGUGACAUUCCUUACAGCAUUCCCAGUGCUGGGCCUGAGCACUUCACUGUUAGGAAGAACUAUCCUCUGUACAGCAGGAGAUGUGUCAAACCUUUGCGUACAUAUGCACGAUGGACAAAGACCAAAAUCUCUACAGUAUAGGUUAUAGUCAGAUUGUUUUAACUAAAAUAUAUUUUUAAUAGAUUUGUGGGUGAAAAUCAGCUUGUAUCUUCAAUGGCACACUAUAAUAUGUGUUUUAAAAUAUAAAGGUGAAUAAGAAUAAUUAUACAGUAUUGCUAAUUUUAAUGUGGUAUCCCUCUGAUGCAAGCUGUUUGAUACAAAGCAACAUGGCUGUAUCACAUCGGUAUCAAGGCCUAGCAGAUAUUUAUAAAUGUAAAUUUAUUAUUUAUACAUUUUUCUAGUGGACUUUUUUUGCCUUGAAAUUUUGUAUCAGCUAGAAUAUUGUUAAGAGUCAUUGAAUUACCGUUGAAAACAAACUGCAUUUAAAUUAUAGACACUUAUUAAGAAAAUACAGGCAUUUUCAUCAUUGGUCUUUGUCCAUCACCUUUACUGGUAAAGCUUUUUGCCACUUAAGCUGUUAUUUUUUCAAUUUAAUGCUGCCUUGUUUUCUAUCAUUUACACAAUGAUAUCAGUCCCUUUGUGUUUAAGCUACUCGUGGUUCAGAGCCAGGAUAAUGACCCACAGUCUGCCAACAUGACUUGGAGGUCCAGCCAGUGGUGUCAGGCCUCAACUCAGAAGGCUACUUGUCAAGGACAGCUGGGCCCGGGCCUGGUGCCUGGAAGUCACCCAGGCCAAGCUUCCCAUUGUCCUGUCUCCUGAAUUCACCUUUAGAGUUAGCCCCGUGGGGACUGAAUAAUGUGCUUAGCAGUUGCUGAAGAAAUGCUGGUGGUUUUCAGUGGUUAGAAUGAAUAACAAGAGGACUCUUGUUUUGGUUUCUUUAGGAGAUGUAUUCAAAGAGCUUUAGGUUUGUUAGCUGAUGCAGACUAUUAUGUAAAUAAAACAGAAAGCAAAUGUUAUGAUAAUGCGAAAAAUGACUUGCAAAAAAAAAAAAGAAAAAGUGUGUACUUGGUGUUUAUUAAUGCUCUCGCUGUAGAUUUUAAAUAGCAAUUAAAGUACAUGACCAGCCGAUUACCAGCACAGCUAAAUGUCUGGAUGCAUUGCACUUCAUUAUUCUUAUCAGAGGAGGUAAUAUAAAGAAUACAAAUGCUAUAAGAGAGUAUUUUAUUAAAAGAAUGAUUUGCUUUGCUAUACUUAAAAAACAGAUCUUACCUUUUAAUAAAGUCAAGAUUUGUUUUUUAUAUUGUUGGUAUACAUGUAAAAAUGCAUUCAAUAACUCAUACCCACACACACAUACAGUACAGUAGCUUUGAGAUAUACAGAAUAGUUAUUGUUUCAACUUUAUUUCAUAUGGGUCUCCAAAUAUUGCCAUUUUAGUAACUGUAAAAUAAACCAGCUGGCACAUUACCUUCAUGGCAGUAUUCCAAUGACAUACAAAAUGGGAAUUAUAUUGCUACUAAUUAUAACGUUUUACUAAUAAAAUAUGCAAUACAAUUUCCCAACCACGUAUACACACGUAACGAAACAUGACUUGGAAACUCAUGAAUAUUUUAGUCAUUGGUGUUUCUUUUUGCUACAAUAACAGUCCUGUUUUGUACUUAUUUUAUUGUGAGAAUCUUGACUUUUUUAAAGUGACUGUUUUAGAUAUUUCUGCCCCUGCUAAUAAAACAUCAGGAGACUGUGCCAGCUUUGUGUGGCAACUGUGGAAAUGAAACCAUAAUUUAGCAGCUUCGUAACGAGCAAUAUAUCAUUAAAACGCUCUUUUUUGAAUAUAUUUAACAUGUUAAGGCAUUGAAUGUAUAGCUUACAUAUUAUGUUUUAAGUGCUGUGAUUUUUUAAAUGGCUUUGUGUAAUUAUAUUACGUGAGAAAAAAAAAAUCCAAAGAUUGUAACAGGGUCCUUUUACCAAGGUUUUCUAGAGACACAUGCACAUAUAUAUAUAUAUAUAUAUAUAUAUAUAUAUAUAUAUAUAUAUAUAUAUAUAUAUAUACAAAUGGUGUGCAGUAUCUGUUCUGCAGUGUGCAACACCUACUCUGCCUGCUUUUAACAGAAUAUAUCACAUAUGUGUGCUAUACAUAGAUAGACUGAACUGGAUAGCAGUUUAAAAGUGCAUUAAAUGGAACUAUUUAAAAAUUGAUUAUUUGUUUUUAACCCAAUCUCCCUAAAAUCCUGGUUUAAUCAUGUUUCUUAAAAUUAUGUAACCAGAUUUUUUAACUUGAAAAAAAAAUAAAAGUAAACUCAUUUUUUGCCAGGACACUUGAAAAUGAGACCACCACAGUCCUAGGAAACUCAGUAAAUAUAUAACUGUUGCAAAAUGUCCAAAUACCAAAGUGUGUGUAGUAAUCAUAUCUAUUACUGAAAGUGAGAAUGGAGAAUAAGGGGUUUCAAUAUUUAAAAAGAUGAUGUGUUCUAGUGAAAAGUGCUGUCUAUGUGUGAAGUGCUCCUUGCUUCAUUUGGGCAGAAGCUAUGCUUGCACUUGAGGAAACAAUGUCCUUCCUCACAAAUCUAAAUAUUUUGCUCGGUGCUUUCCUGCCAUUGUACCAAAGAUCCCCAAAUCCAUCGCCGGACAGGCUUCGGUGUUGAAUUUUUCCAUCGGCAUCCAAACAAAAUAAAAAGUCAUAUUCACAGCAAAGUGUAAUAUUCUGAAAAGCAGCUACCCAUAACAAUCCUGUAAUGUGAGAAACUGACAUGCUUUUUCAGAUCAUCAUUUUAUUUUUCUGCUUUUCAAACGAGCCGGCCGUUGCAUUUGAGCCUGUCAGGUAUUUUAAAACAGCCAAAAUUAGUUUGACAUUUAAAUGGGUGGGAACAGAAAUUAAUCUCACAUUUCCAAACGUGUAAACUCAGUCACAGUAUUAAGUUUGCUGAUUAGCAGAAUGUUAGCUAAAGUUCAGAAUUUGGGGUCCUUCAUUAAUGUGUUUUUAUUAUUCUUUUCAAAUAGUUUAACGAGGUGUUAACUGUGCUUUAAAAAACUGUAUUUCAAAAUGUUAAAAAUGAAAUUAUUAGGCAGAAAAGUAAAUUGGUAUAUUUUCUUGUCUUUGGCGCAAUGAUAAAAAUACACAGUGACAUUCAGAUCUUCAAAGUAAAAGGGAACUGGUUUACUCUGAGCAGAGCACUGUGUGUAUCUGUGCAUGUACCAGAUAAUAUUCUAUAGAAGCAAUAGGUUCUCUGAAUGUAUCUAUAUUUUCUAUUGUAAAUAUGUUUGCAGCAUCAUGUUGUACAAAAAGUUCUCAAACGUCCUAUUUGAAAAGCAUGUUAUUAAAAGUAAAGAAAAGUUA